AUGAGGAACAAUCUGAUUUUUACCGGGAUCGAGGAGGAUAACUCACAGGGUAAUAAAUCUCAGGUCGUAACCGAAAGUAAGUUGAGGGAACACCUCUCAGAAAAGCUCAAGAUUCCCAAGGAAACGGUGGAAGGACUGCGAUUUGAGCGUGUACACCGUACCCCCUCACAACCAGUACGCGGUAAGGUUCGAUCUGUUGUGGCAAAGUUUGUGUUUUUCAAAGAUCGAGAACUAGUUAGGCGCCAGUGGCCCGAGCUUAAGGGCACGAGUUUCAAUGUUUUUGAGCAGUUUCCCCCGGAAGUCCAGGAAAAGCGGCGUCGCCUCAUUCCAAAAAUGAAGGAAGCAAAGCGGGAGGGCAAACGCGCUUGGUUGGCGUACGACACGCUGUUUAUUGAUGGGCAUCCGGUGCAGCAGUAG